AUGUCUCAACAGUCGAACCCUCAAUCUCCCUCAAAAGUGUCUGCUACCUCUGCUCGUGCUCAAGACGUUACGAAUGUCCCCAUUAACCCUAAUGAGAUUCUUGAGGUCACCCCUUUACAGAUGGUGACUCCAUAUGAUCUUGUGACAAAAAGGCCUAGGACAUCGCAUGCACAAAGAACCAAAGAAACAGCAAGGAGACCUAAAAAGCCCAGUUCUAAUCAAACUUCUCAAUCGUCUGUUCCUCCCUCUAGGGAAGAACUAACUAAAGAAGUCUCAAGGAAUGCGAAUGUUAAUGACGCAAAUGAUGCGGUCAAUAGAAAUGAUGAUGUGAAUAUGGAUGUGCAUGUGGAUGACAAUAAUAGGAAUGAUGGUGUGGAAGAUAUUCUUGGUAAGGACGAUGUUAUUGCUGAUAAUGAUCACACUGAGGUCCCUGUUGGUGCUGUGUACAAUGAAGAGGUACCUAGUAAUGUUUCUGCUGAUAAGUGUGUGAACCACUUUAAAUAUGGUCAAACUGAAGAAAAAGAUCCUAAGAAGACUCAGGCGGAUAAAGUAAUCAACCUUGAUGAUCCCUCUGAUGAUGACCUGGUUGCUUCUAUCAAUCCAAGCAUAGCCAAAAGGCUAAUGAGGAGGAAAGGAAAGCAAGUUGUAGCUGAGGACUCUCUGAAGAAAAAGGCUGUGGAGAGAAAGGCUAGAAUCAUUGCUGAGAAUGAGUCAGAUUUUGAUGUUGUUGUGGAUGUCAAUGACAUUCAUCCCAAGAAGAAGGUCUCUACUAACAAGCUUGCUACUAGUGUCCCUGAAGUACCUAUUGAUAAUAUUUCCUUUCACUAUCCAUCCAGUGUACUCAGAUGGAAAUUUGUCUAUCAGAAAAGACUGGCCUUAGAGAGAGAGCUUGCUCAAAAUGCUCUAGAGUAUGAAGAGAUUAUGAAUCUUAUUCAUGAAGAUGGACUGAUGAAAACUGUGACUCAAUUCUCUAAGUGUUAUGAAGUCCUUGUGAAGGAUUUCAUUGUGAACUUACAUGAAGACAAUUGCAAUAAGAAAACUAAGGAGUAUUUGAAAGUGUUUGUCAGGGGAAAAUAUGUUAAUUUCUCCCCCAUUGUGAUCAACAAAUUUCUGGAAAGGUCCAAUGAAGCUCAACCAGAGCUGGAAGUAUCUAAUAAUCAAAUGUGCAAAGUAAUUACUGCUGGACAAGUGAAGACAUGGCCUGUCAAAGGGAAGCUGAAUGCUAUAAAACUAAGUGUGAAGUAUGCUAUACUUCACAGGAUUGGAGCUUCCAACUGGGUGCCAACUCAACACAAGUCUACAAUUUCUGCUAUCCUAGGUAAAUUCAUCUUUAUUAUUGGUACUAAGACCAAAGUUGACUAUGGAACUUAUAUUUUUGAGCAAAAUUUAAAGCAUGCUGGUAGCUAUAGUGUUAAAGGCCCCAUUGCCUUACCUUCCCUUAUUUAUGGAAUAAUCUUAAAUCAAUUUCCUAAUAUUCUGAAUGACAAAUAUUUUGUGUGCAAAAGAGCAAGUCUGUUACUCUUUCAUCAUAAGCUUUUUCAAGGAACACAUGUUCCUGAUGUUGUCUCAACAUCAGUUGGACCAUCCAAAGAUAGAAUACCUACAAGUAAAGCUGCUAUGAUUGCAAUACUCAGAGAAACAUGUAAGGAGCUAGAGUCCAGAAAACUGGCUCUGGAGAAAUUGAUCACCUCCCUUAAACAGAUGAAGGAGCUGAGUCUGCAGACACUGAUGUGGAGGAACAGGUUGAAGAAGAUGAUGAAUCGGACAACAAAAUUGAGAAAGAAGCCAGUCCUGAUGAUGGCACAGAUAAGGAAGUUGGACUCAGCAGCUCUGAGUCUGAAGACUGGAGCAAAUGUUAUGUCCUAG